AUGGCUGAAGAUGACGUUGUGAAUGUAAGCGCAUCAAAUGAGGGCGAAAACCAAAACAAUCCUAACAAGCGCAAGUGGCGUAAAAAACGGAAGAAUUUCUUGUCCAAUGCGAAGAAAUAUGCUAAAAAGGGUCAAAUGGGCCGCGGUACGCAAAUGCCCGAGGAAUUGUAUCAGUACUUUGUCGGUAUAUUAGAAGCCAUAAAAGCGGGAAUAGAAGACGAGGAACAAAAACAAGCCCUUGUAAAUAAUGUCCUGGACAGAACAAAGGGUGAGGAGUUAAAUAUAGUUGGUAAUCAACUUGGAUGCCGUGUAAUUGAGCUACUACUACCUUAUGCAAUCCCUGAGGACUUGGAGAGGUACAUAGAAGUGCUCACUCCGGAUCUACGGAGGCUCUGCGCUGACAAUUUUUCAAAUCAUGUCCUUAAGACAGUUCUCAAAGUAUGCUGCAAGAGAGCCACUGAGCACUUACAAACAGAGGAACCAAAUGCAGGCUCUGAUUCUGACGAUGAUGAAACGCCAAAAAAGAAGCGAAAAGUGAAGAGUGAAUCCCAAUCAAAGUACAGCAAAGAGCAUAUAAAAGUGUGUCACGAUUUCACACUUAAAAUCUCAAAAUACGCUCUGAACAAUUUAGAGGAUUUUGUGUGGGACACAUACGCUAAUCACAUAGUUCGAGCAUCAUUGAAAUGUCUAAGUGGUAUCACUUUACUACCUGGUGAGAAACCCAAAGUGAACUUGUUUAAGGAGCCCGUACUUCAAAAUAAAGGAAUACCGCCCCACCAGACAAAGAUGCAAUACAGGGUCAUUCCCGAGGACUUCAAAGAGUUGGUUAAGGAGUUUGCAAAUCGCUUGUCUCUAUGGCCACAAUUCAAAGACCUUCCUUACGAGACUAUGACAUCAGCACUGUUACAAGUAUUGCUUUUUGCUGUAAAAAAUGUAGACAAGACUUUGACCAGGCAUUUAUUAAAGAAGCUUCUCAAUGAGAGCUUUGCUCCCGAUGAUUGGGUAUCAGAUAGUGCUGAUAGUAAAAAAGAUAAAGACACUGAGGAGAAAAAUGAAAAUGGUGAAAUGGAAAUUAAUGUGGAGAGUGCUAACUUGCCUCCAGUUUUCAAAUCAGAGCCCUCUGUGAGGUUGUUAGAAGCUGCCCUCUUUGUUGCCAAAAAGAAGAUGUACACACAGAUUUACGCCAAGUGCUUCAUCAACCGUUUGGGUCAGCUGGCGAACAUGCCAAUGCUCAAUUUCACAGUCCAGAGGCUCAUAGAUAAUUGUCAGAUUAAAGAGGAGUUUGAGCCAAUGUUUGAAGAACUGUCCGGAGGCUUUGGAGCGCUGCUGGUAUGUGGCAACACCGGUGUCCUAGUGGCCCUGGCGAAGGCUUGUCUCCGUCUGCAGACAAAGCAGGCACAGUAUCUCCAGAACCUAGAAGCCGCUCUUCAAUGCGGCGACGAUGAUGGGCAACAGCACUUCGCGGCCUCGUGCUUACGCCUCGUGCCGUAUUCCCCAAGUGCCGAAAUCCGGGACAACUUCAUCCACAUCCACGGCUCCGUGAUCAUGCAGACGAUGCUCGACUUCCAGAGGCCCGCCAAGGUGGUGACGAGCCUGUUGUCGAUGGACACUGAGCGGCUGGUGGCCACUCUCAGCGACGCCAAGGGCUGUCACCUGGCGGACGCGCUGCGCAAGGGGCGCCAAGUCGGCGCCAAGUCGCGCGACAGGCUCGUCGCCAAGCUCGAGGGCCACGUGCAGCAGCUGGCGCUGUGCCAGUACGGCUCCCGCGCCCUCGAGCAGCUGUUCGAGGGUGCCUCUGCGGAGCGCCAGCUGGCGCUGAUGCAGCAGCUGUCGGAGAAGGCGGGCCUGCUGAACGGCUCGCCGUACGGCAGGAUCGUGGCCGCCAAGCUGGACGUGGCCACCUUCAAGCGGUCGCCCAAGUCCUGGCAGAAGGCCAGGGCAAGAUCGGACAAA